AUGGUGCACGAAAACGCGUUGGAGUGUGGAUCGGAGGGGCGCAAAGGCGCGUUGACGCGCGGCUGGAGUCUUGCGACGGUAGCGCGGGGCGCUACCAAGUUGUCGCAAUGCAAGUUACUUGAGUCGUCGCAGUUGUCUCAUGAUGAUGUAGUAGCACGGAGCGAGUUAUCCUUCGCGGGAAUUCUCUCGUCAUGGGGCGGCCCGAAGCGCAAGACACGUGGGGCACGGGCGCGCUAUGUGGCGCGUGCGUGCUGGGGGCGUGGGGCGCACGCCCUGGAAGAAGAGAAAGAGAGAGAAGUCGAAAACCUAGAGAAAGAAGUGGCAAAUUUGAAAGUUCAAAUAGAAGCAAAAGACUCAGCAUACAAACAAGCCCUUAUCAAGAUAGAUCACCAUCAACAAACAGCAAACGAACUUUCGAUCUUGCUAACGAACUCCGAACUUCAAAAAGACUUGUACAUCAACCAAUCGCAAGAAGCCGAUUUACGUAUAAACGAACUCGAAUCUUCCCUCGAGAGAACAUCCCAUCAGCUAUCAGAAUCGGAAAAGGCUCGAGAAAAGCUCUCGUACGUUACGAGUUUCUUAGAAUCGACACUAUUCCAGCUGCAAAGUUUAGAGAUAGAAUCUCUUGUUAUGAGAGAGAAACAAAUGGAUUAUGUAUCUGCAAAAGAGGCAGAGUUAGAAUUAGCAGCCAAUGCACUACUUGACGCGAACGAGACUAUUCGAGAUUUGGAGAAUAAAUUUACGGAAAAAUCCACUUAUAUCGAUUCGUUGAAGGAGGAAGUUAAGCAAGCUAACGAUCUUCGAAUCUUUCACGAGAAAGUUGCUUCGGACGCAAUUUCCGAACUCAACCGACUGAAAGACGAAGCGGAAUUGCACGAGAAGAAGAACUCGGACCAAUCGGCUUAUAUCGGUUCGCUCGAAACAGAGCUACGACAGCUGAGAACUGCACUUGUCGACGCAAAAGACGAGACGAAGAAAAACGAGAACGAUGCCCAAAUCGAGAUAGCUUUGCUGAAAUCCGAAAUACACAAAGGGAGGUCGAAAACGGCUGCUGCCGAAGCUGCCGAAGCAAGAGCGCAAGGCGAGAAAUCGGCCCUCUAUAACGCGCUCCAGCAGAUGGGGUUAGAAGCCGAAGAAACGAAGAAAGAGAACCGAAUGCUGAAAGAAGCAUUGAUGCAAGAAAACAACGAGGUGAAAACCGAAGAAGAAGAACGCGACGAAAACGGUGGAGAGUUGGAGAAUACGAAAAAGGAAUUGGAAAACGCGAUAUCGAGAAUCGGGGAGAUGAGGGCAAGAGCAGAGCAGGCGAUUAGCAGAGCCGAAGCGGCGGAGAAGGCAAAAGCAGCGAUGGAGGAGAAGAUGAAGAGGAGAAAGGAGCACAAAGAACGGAGAAAGGCGGCGUUAGUUGCUCUACGCGAAGAAUCGUUUUCGAGAGAUUUUGGUAAUAGUACGGAAAUAAAUGAAUACGAUGAUGCUGCUUCUGCCAAGAACUAUCAGCCUCUUGGUAAGGUCCUUAACAUCAAAUUCUAA